CUCUUAUCACACCAGUGUAAGCCGCCAGAAGUGAGGGUUUUUACGGCUACCGCUGAAGCAUGAUCAUCACCAUUCCUGGCUCCUUUCCUAUUUGAAAACGAAGCAAGGAUGGCGCCAGGGAUGCUGACGCGGCAGCUCUAAGGCUUUCAAUUCUGAAGGCGCUUGGCGAAUGGCGUUUGAAGCAAGGAGAGAAGACAUCUGGCAGAAACAGCGCAAGGCGAAUGCAACUCCUCCUGCUCCCGAUGGAUACGGCCAUCACCGAAGAGCGUAGUGGUUUUGAAGAUUUUAUCGCAGACCCUCGAGGGAGUUUCCGCGGAAGCGUUGCGCGUGGAUACACAAGGACCGCAGUUCCGUAUCAUGCUAAUUUUUCGGAAAUCUUCCUUGAUUAAGGCUCAGGAGCUUGUUAAUUCAUUUGAUUUCUACGAUCAGUGAUAUAUUGUCACUACUUCUACUUUUUCCUUCUUAAUAGCAGGAAAGUGAGAAGGAAUAAGAAUAAGUAAAAUAAAAUAUAUAUACUUGGAGGUCGUCUAACUUAACCUGGCUUUGGAACGCCAGCGCGAUUCUCAAUACAACUUCUCUUUCCAGCACGAACCUGACCGAUACCUGGAGAGGGGCCAUGCUCCCGCGACGCCAGCAUGUGCUCCCGCGAUGUGAGGACCUACUUCAAGACGAAGUUGGACUUGGAGAAAGCCACUAUCCUUGUUGAGGAGAUCGAGCACACGAAUUAGGAAGAUAUUCGCGUGAAUAGAGAGCUGAUGCAGACCUUGGUGCGAGAGACUCCGUAUGCUGUUAAGGGUAGGCUAAGGGUGCGCCUGUUGCCGUUUGUUUUGCUUCUCUGCUCUCCUUAGGGUCGAGAAAAGCAGAAGACCAAACGGAAAGCAGAAACACCAAAACCCUAUUUCUAAUGCUGCUCGGGUAGUUCCUCCAGGGGGUCAAGGUCAUGGAGUACCAGAACUAGGGAGACUGGCGCCAAACCGACUAGACGCGAGGAUGAACAAGAGAAAGCAGCAAAUCCGUGAACAAAGAAAUGAGACAGGGUCUGUGAUCAUACUUACUAGACUAGUACUACGGCGGUGCAGAGAGGGCUUGUAAUGGGAACACUACAACGUCAAAGUCUGUAGUAAUGAGAACGGUACUUGUAGUACAUGAGACAGGGUAUGACCAUGAUGUAAUUUUUAUAGAAGAAAUAGAACAGACAGAGCUGUCGGUAUGACACGAGAGUUGCUAGAAACCUUAAAGUGAUGAAAUAAGUAUUAUAGGCGUUGUUUCUAUAAUCGAUUGCCAAGUGCAAUGAAUAUUCGACUUUCUUUCGACGUUUUGGUCGAUGAGUAACGAUAAAAGUGUUGAGCUGUUUUGCCUUGGUUAUCUUCCAGUCCAAGUGGGAGGUUAAUAAUGUUCUACGAUGAUGCCAACAACUACAACUUCUACAGUUUCCUAAAGCUGUGCUAUAUGGUUCCACAAAGCUAGUUUUCGUUUUUUUUAGUGUAGGGAUAGUAAUGAAUGCAACUACGAUUAUUUCAGUGUACAAAGAUGACCGAGUAUGCAGUUUCAAGAUUUGUUUAACUUGUUAUAUUCGUGCCUCUUGAGAGAUGGUAUUUCUUUUUCUAUCUCUCUGUUUUCUUGAAGGUUCAGGUUUUGUAUUUCGUGGAGGGUAAUACUACUAACUAUUUUGGUGGAUCUUUGCUGGAUACGAAGCCGAAGCGCACCCGCGAAGGAAUGCUUGCUAUUUUGGAGUCGGU